CAAAGCCCCAGCACCACCCCUGUGGAGAAGAAGGUCAAAUCGGACAAAUCCACAGCAACCCCGGCACCGGAACCCGCCUCAAAGCAGGUCGCUCCUCAAGUCGAUGAUCUCCUUGACCUGGAAAGAUUUGGGGGCGAAAUAGAGACCAAUGAUGGCCAGAAAACCUCCCUUCGGAGCCUUCUUGAAGAGAGCAAUGCUGGCGUGGUGAUCUUCACCUAUCCAAGAGCCUCAACUCCAGGAUGCACGAAGCAAGCUUGCUUAUUUCGCGACAACCACAAGCUUCUCACCUCCACAGGACUGGCCAUCUAUGGCCUCUCGGCCGAUUCCCCAAAGGCCAACACGACUUUUCUUACAAAACAAAACCUCCCGUAUCCGCUUCUCUGUGACCCAGCCUUCACAUUAAUUGGAGCCAUUGGCUUCAAAAAGGCUCCCAAAGGUACUACUCGAGGCGUUUUUGCUGUCGACAAGAAGGGCAAGGUUUUACUUCGUGAAGCGGGGGGGGCCAGACGCGACUCUGGCUGCUGUUCAGAACCUCGUGGCCAAAACAACCGGGCCCGAGGAUGCCAAGGAAGAGGCCAAAUAGCUUAG